GUUGAAAUGCAUCACGAAUCUCUCCCAGAGGCCGUCCCAGGAGACAACGUUGGAUUCAACGUCAAGAACGUUUCCGUUAAGGACAUCCGUCGUGGAUCCGUCUGCUCUGACUCCAAGAACGACCCAGCUCAAGAGGCUCGUACCUUCAACGCUCAAGUCAUCAUCAUGAACCACCCCGGACAAAUCGCUGCUGGAUACACUCCAGUUCUCGAUUGCCACACUGCUCAUAUCGCCUGCAAGUUCGCUGAACUUAAGGAGAAGGUUGACCGUCGUUCCGGAAAGAAAGUCGAAGAUAACCCAAAAUUCCUCAAGUCUGGAGAUGCCGGUAUCGUCGAGCUUCACCCAACCAAGCCACUUUGCGUUGAAUCUUUCACCGACUACGCUCCUCUUGGACGUUUCGCCGUUCGUGAUAUGAGACAAACCGUCGCUGUAGGAGUCAUCAAGUCUGUCGACAAAUCAGCUGGAGGUGGUGGAAAGGUCACUAAGUCUGCACAGAAAGCUGGAGGAGCUGCUGGAAAGAAGAAGUAA